ACGAUUACGACGACGAUUGUAGGUUGCCCUUACAGCCGUGAGUGACGUGAUACGAUCUUUGCGAUUCAGGAAACGAAUCCGAGGAUAUAACACUCUACGUCCACGUCGCGUUUGCGUUCGAAUUUGCCGUUUCCCGUGGAACCGUUCUCACACAUCUAACCUGCUUAUUAGGCAUCAGUGAUCUUAAUCGCUCGCUAGGAACCAGACUCCUGUCGCAAUGACUGACAAAUUACCACCCUUAAUAGCUGCUGACGAUCCAGUGGACGACGAAGACGACGACAUCUUCAGUUCCACUAUUGAUGACCUCAGUAGCUUGCGAAACGAAGAGCUGUAUGCUUCAGCUGCAAUUGUGCCACCGCCAUUAACCAAUAUUAGUUUAAAUGAUGAACCGUCCACUGUCGAAUCUCAUGUACCAUUAUAUGACACGAAAGAGGAACAACCAGAACCAAGUAAUGAAGUUGUUUCAAAUGGAUUUGAAGCAGAAAUAAAUUUAAAAGAAAAUGAUACUAUUACAACAACUAAAGAAAUUGAUCAGGUAGAAGAAAUACCAAAUGUGUCUAUUAAUGAUAAGAACAUUGAAAAUAGUUAUAUAAAAAUAUCGAUAUCUGAGACUACCAAGGUUGGUGAAGGCAUGAGCUCCUAUGUCGCCUAUAGAAUUGUCACCCGUACAAACCUACCCAUGUUUAAAUCAAAUAAUUUAGCUGUGCUUAGGAGAUUUAGUGAUUUUUUAGGAUUACAUAAUAAGCUAACAGAAAAAUAUUUAAGAAAUGGACGUCUUAUACCACCUGCUCCUCAAAAAAAUAUGUUAGGUUCUACAAGAAUUAAAAUAUCUGGAAAUCAAUCUGAUCAAACAACAUCAGCGGAAUUUAUAGAAAAAAGACGUUUGGCUUUAGAAAGAUUCUUAAAAAGGAUUGCUCUUCAUCCAAUUUUGCGUAAUGAUAAAAACUUUUGUGAAUUUUUAGAACAAGACUGUGAACUUCCAAAAGCUACCAGUACAUCUGCAUUGAGUGGUGCAGGCGUCAUGAGACUUUUUAAUAAAGUUGGAGAAACUGUAAAUAAGAUCACUUAUAAAAUGGAUGAAAAUGAACCGUGGUUUGAAGAAAAAGAAGUACAAAUAGAAAAUUUAGAUUUGCAACUUCGCAAUUUACAUGGAGCUGUUGAAUCAUUAGUGAUAAAUCGCAAAGAAUUAGCACAUUCAAGUGGAUCUUUUGCCAAGUCUGCUGCAGUAUUAAGUAAUUGUGAAGAACACACUGGAUUGUCACGUGCUCUAUCACAACUUGCUGAUGUAUUUGAAAAGGUUGAAUCAGUUCGUACAGAACAAGCAAAUACAGAUUUUUCAAUAUUUUGUGAACUCUUAAAAGAUUAUAUUGGUCUUAUUGGAGCUGUAAAAAAUGUAUUUCAUGAAAGGGUUAAGGUCUAUCAAAACAUGCAACAUGCACAAAUGAUUUUAACUAAAAAACGGGAUCAAAAAACUAAACUUGAACUUACUGGUCGUUUAGAUAAAGUUGGCACAGUUACAAAUGAAGUAACUGAGUGGGAGGCUAAACUGUCUAGGUGCCAAGAUGAAUUUGAUCAAAUUUCCAAAACAAUUAAAGUAGAAUUCGAACAGUUUGAAAUAAACCGAAUCAAAGAAUUUAAAACAGUUAUAUCAUCAUAUCUUGAAGAAAUGAUAAAUCAUCAAACUCAGAUAAUAAAACAUUGGCAAGCAUUUAUCCCUGAAGCAAAAGCCAUAGCCUGACCCAAUGCAAAUGAAGAAUGUGAUAUGGAUUCCAACCACCGUAAAGAACCCGUUCACAUUUUACAAUUUGCUGGAAAUAUUUUAGAAGCAUAUACAGAGUCAUAAAUAUACUGUUCUUUACUGAACUUCAUUAUUUUCUAAAAUGUUUAUCAUAAAAUUACAUUAUUUAUCCCACUAUAUUUAUGUAUUUUUU